UUCCAGGGGGUGGCGGUAAUGGAGCUGAGAGGUCUGUGCAAACCCCCAGAAGAAGAGGACAGACAAACGUGAGAGGAAGGAAAAGACGCAGCUCACCAGUAAUGACAUCAAGACAAGCACAACUUGUCUCUCAUCAGAGGGGGAUAUAAGAUAGCUUAAAUUCAUCAUUUCACUUCCUCUGCAGUCGCGUAGUUCAGUCAGCCAGUGGUUGUCGGCUGUGAGUUCCGUCCUGUGUCUCUUUACUUGUCGCUGUCCACACCGGUGGGAAGGAGUCGUAAAGCGUGUGUUGACGUCUGGAUUGUUAGUGCCGCUUGCUGAUUGCAACAUCGCUGACACAGCAAACCUGAGAUGAGCUGAAGACGCCGGGAAGGAACCCCACCGGCAGACCGUCAGGUGAUGAGAGUUGAGAGGCUUUAGCUGAAAGUCAGAGGUAUCAUGGAGGACGACUGCAGGCCUCUGCUGAGCUCAGAGCAAACUGGAGAGAGCUACUCACACAGAGACUCCGCAGAGUCAUUGGACUUCAAGGCUAAAAGGCCUUUCUACGUAGAGCCCAGGAACAUCGUAGAUGAUGACCCGCAGGAGAGAGUCUCUGCUGAGGCUGCUAUCCUCAACAGCAGAGUUCAUUACUAUGGCAGACUGACAGGCUCUUCUGACAGACUGCUGAGUCCUCCAAACCAUGUAAUCCCUCGGCCAGAGGAGAUCUACAUCUACAGCCCACUGGGGACAGCUUUCAAGGUGACAGACAGUGACGGCUCCUCUAAAAACCCCAGUAUCAUCACCAUAUUUGCUAUAUGGAACACAAUGAUGGGCACAUCUAUACUCAGCAUACCUUGGGGUAUAAAGCAGGCUGGUUUCACUCUGGGUAUCUUCAUCCUCGUCUUCAUUGGCCUGCUGAUGCUCUACUGUUGUUACACUGUCCUCAAAUCACCAAAGGCAAUACCCUAUGUGGACACAUCCGACUGGGAGUUCCCAGAUGUAUGUAGGUACUACUUUGGCAAAUUUGGCCAGUGGUCCAGCUUGGUCUUCUCGAUGGUGUCACUUAUUGGAGCCAUGGUGGUUUACUGGGUCCUCAUGUCCAACUUCCUCUACAACACUGGACAGUUUAUAUACAACUAUGCUCACAAUGUUAACAUGUCGGAUUCAGAGUUUGGAACCAACGGCUCAGAUAAAGUCAUCUGUCCAUACCCAAACACUGACCCUGGAAGGAACGGCAGUAUCAGCAUGCUUACCUUCAGUAACAAUGGAAAUCAUACUUCUGAUGUCAACUCUUUUGAACACUGGUGGAGCAAAACCAACACCAUCCCCCUCUACCUCAUCAUCCUGCUGCUGCCACUGCUCUGCUUUCGUUCAGCCUCCUUCUUCGCAAGGUUCACCUUCUUGGGCACCAUAUCUGUGGUCUACCUUAUUGUGCUAGUCACUGUUAAAGCUGUCCGCCUCGGCUUUCACCUAGAGUUCCACUGGAUUGACACAACCGAGUUCUAUGUUCCAGAGUUCAGACUACUCUUCCCUCAGCUGACUGGUGUCCUCACUCUGGCCUUUUUCAUUCACAACUGCAUCAUCACAUUAAUGAAGAGCAACAAGAAUCAAGAGAACAAUGUGCGGGACCUUUCUGUUGCCUAUCUUCUAGUAGGGCUGACCUAUUUGUAUGUGGGAGUGUUGAUCUUUGCUGCCUUUCCCUCACCACCUCUCUUCAAAGACUGCAUUGAACCAAACUUCUUAGAUAACUUCCCCAGCGGUGAUGUGAUGGUGUUUGUGGCUCGGACAUUCCUAUUGUUCCAGAUGAUCACAGUUUACCCCCUGCUGGGAUACUUGGUGCGGGUCCAGAUAAUGGGCCAGAUCUUUGGCAAUCAUUACCCCAGUUUCUUCCACGUUCUGGCGUUGAACAUCUUAAUUGUUGGAGCUGGUGUCCUGAUAGCCAAGUUUUAUCCCAAUAUUGGAUCCAUCAUACGGUUUUCUGGAGCUACAUGUGGCUUGGCUUUAGUGUUUGUCUUUCCUGCUUUGGUCCACAUGAUCUCCCUGAAACGGCAGGGGACACUCCGCUGGCCGUCAGCCCUCUUCCACAGUUUCCUGAUCCUGCUGGGCUUGGCUAACCUGCUGGCUCAGUUCUUCAUGUAGAGAAACAGUCAGACAUAGACACUCUUAACCAUUCAGAGGCAAGAUUAAAAGACGUGAUAGAGAUUUCAGAUGGGAAUCUCUGAAAUUAGAUGUAGAAUAGUGGUAUACAUAAUUGCAUAGUGUGAUGUUAUUCCAGUUAGGUUAUGGCUACCAAAAUAAUGCCCAGAUAACCCACAGCAGCCUCCAGCCAGUCAGAUUUAAUGUCUGUGGCCGUGAUAUAAGAUUAAAUAUGACACUCUUACUGAAGUAAGAGUGAUGUCAUUUGUAAAGGAUUCUGUUUCAGGGGAAUAACAGGAAUCUAAUGUCUUGGUUUGAUAACAUUAUCUUUUUGUUUUCCUCAUGCAGUCCAGCCAGUGGUAUUUCUAUGAUCGGAUCUUCCCUGGAGAUCAUUUCCCAGACCUGCACAGCCAAAUAGUACAGACACACAAUUAACACUCUGUGUCCUUAAUAACAUCAGCAGCAAGCUGGCAGGAACGUUUGGUGUAUGGGGUCACUAUUGAGAGCUAAAACACAACCAGGGGAGAGUCUUUUUAAACUAUUGUAUUGAAGGUCUGUUUUUAUGUGGAUUUAAACAACAUCUCAAUCAAGCAUUAAUUUCUAUUAUACUUGGUGAACCUUAAAGCGGCUGUAAUCAAUAUUUUUUAUGAUAACAAUGAAUCAAACGACAAUGUGGGAUGUUAGAGGUUUCGCUCUUAUGAACCUACAUUUACCAGGUGAAUCUGCAGCUCCCCUCGGCUUUACAAAGCUUUAUAGUGAGUUUCAGCUGGUUGUUUAUCUGUCUGGAUCAACCACUUACUGUCACCACUUGCAUAGUGUUUCCAGCUGGCAGGCAGCUGCUUUCAGAGAAAAACUUCUGAUAAACCUACUAUUGUCCACUACCUGCUCAGCAGCAAACAGCAGCCAGACACAAUUAGAGACCAGCUGGUGAGCGUAGAGGAGCAUUUAGCAGCUGAAGAGCCAGCGAAAAAGAGAACUAAUAUUGGACUUAUAUUCAUCAAGGGGACACAAACACCAGUCCAAAUUAAUGAUCUUGUUGCUCCAUAACUGCUGAUUGUGGACAUAAGCAAACGAUUGAUAACAAGCUCACAAUAUCAGUGUACAAGGUGAUAUGUCAGUGUUUCACAACUUGUUUUCGCUACCCCUAAGAGGCCAAAACAAUCAGUUACUGCAGGUCCAAAUUUGUUACAUGUUAUUUUACGAUCAUAUAGAGUUGUGUCUUAUUGACACCAGGGAAACUUAUUACUAACUUUGUGAUUAUGUAAACUGUUCAUAUGUUGUGAGGGAAGCCAUCAUGUGUGUCAAUUUUUUUGAAGAAACCUUUGGCACAACCUUUUAGUUUGUAUGAGCAGCAUUGAUUUACAUGUUUGACAUGUUAAUAUGAUGCCUAUGACCUAGAUACUAUACUCAGUGUGUUGUUUUUUAUUAAUGAUAGGAUAGACAAAGGGAAUGUGUGCGUGAAAAUAAACCUUUUCAGUCUAGAGGAA